AUGGAGUCUUGUCCUCACCGAGCUCCAGCGUGUUGCACAAGACCCGGACACGGUCAAGCCACGUCUGCCGUUCAAGCCGACGGUGACCACUGGCUAUGCAUCCUGGACUCUAUCAAGGACGAAAUCUUUGAGAUAGCACACGGUGAGGGACACCUCGGUUUCCACCGCGCAUGGCACAAAAUGCGAGGCUUCGUCGUGCACAGGGGAGCGAAGAAGUUUCGCACGUCCAUCGACCAGUGCGACGAAUGCAGGGAGAUCUCCGUGCCAAACCACAAGCACUAUGUUAACUUGUCAAAGCUAUGA